GGAAAAGGUGUACGAUGAACAACCCACCUCGCUAAGGUUAAAAAAAAAAAAAGAGAAAUCUCGCCGCUCGCCUUUAGACAUGUUCAGACUGGCCGCGUCUCAUUGGUGCGAGAAUCUUUUCGAUGGCUUGACUUUCUCCGUGACCGAGACCGAUGAGAACACUUGGGUAGAGUUCGAUCGGCUUCAGAAUGGGCGAUUGAGCUUCUGCAGCUGAUGUGAGUUUUCCUUUCGGUGGGUUUCGCUUGAUUGCCGUUCAGGUGCUUGUCUAUAUGUCCAAUUGAAGAUGGUCACUGGCGCUUGGCUGGUUGAUAGUGAGUUCUGAGGAAAUGGUGGUCGCUUUAAUGGACCAUUGCAUAACUCACUGUGAUAUGCAAUCCAAAAUGGUCUUUCCGACUUGCCAUUGAGUUCAUCUUACCUGUUGAAAGCAUUUUCUUUCUAUCGUGACAGCAGUGAAAUGGGUGCAUACAGAGCUUUGGAUUUUGUUAUAAACGACAUCCUAACAGCAGUAAAACCGCAACAACAGGAUUGGGUGAUUCGAUUUCAUAUCAUAGAUGAAUUGCGAAAGGUUAUCGAAUCCGUGGAAAGUUUGAGAGGUGCAACUGUGGAACCUUUUGGGUCAUUUGUGUCUAAUCUUUUCACUAGACAGGGGGACCUGGAUAUCUCUGUUCAGUUGCCCAAUGGUUCAUAUAUCUCGGCUGCUGGAAAGAAACGUAAGCAGGCGCUAUUAGGAGACUUAUUGAUAGCCUUGAGAGAGAAAGGUGUGUGGCGCAGGUUGCAGUUCAUUGCCCAUGCUAGGGUACCCAUUUUGAAGAUUGAGAGCAAAGACACGAGCAUCUCUUGCGACAUUUCAAUUGAUAAUUUGCACGGCUACAUUAAGUCAAAGUUCUUGUUCUGGAUCAGUGAGAUUGAUGGACGCUUUCGAGAUAUGGUUUUGCUUGUCAAGGAAUGGGCUAAGUGUCAUGACAUAAACAAUCCAAAGACUGGGUCCUUCAACUCUUUCGCUCUUAGUUUGCUCGUGAUCUUUCAUUUUCAGACUUGCGCGCCAGCAAUUUUACCUCCUCUGAGAGACAUCUACCCUCAUAGUGCCAUUGAUGAUCUCCAAGGUGUGAGGGCUGAUGCAGAAAGGCAAAUAGCAGAAACCUGUGCCGCUAACAUAGCCAGGUUCAAAUCAAGCAUAUCAAGGCCAAACCGAAGUUCAUUGUCGGAGCUUUUUGUAUCAUUUUUUGCUAAGUUUUCGGGCUUAAAUCUGAAGGCACCAGAGCUUGGGAUUUGCCCAUAUACAGGACAGUGGGAAGAAAUAAGGAAUAACAUGAGAUGGAUGCCCCAGACUUACGCUCUAUUCAUUGAGGAUCCUUUUGAGCAGCCAGAGAAUACUGCGAGGGCUGUUAGCUCCAGACAACUUAAGAGAAUCUCAGAAGCUUUUGAAGUAACCCACCAUUGGCUUACUUCAUACAGUCAUAACCAGACCACUAUUCUUGCCGCGCUGGUCAGGCCACAUGAAGUACAGUUUUUGACACAGACACCAGUCAGAAAUGGAAGUUACAAAGGAGGUCGCCUUGGCCUGAUGCCAUGGAAUCAGAGAGCAUUAAAGUCACCGUCCCAAAUGCAGCAUCAACAUCAGAGAACGAGGAACAACCAUCAGGGGCCUGCACAAAGUUUUGCCCACAGCUCAGCUGUGACCAAACCACAUCACCAACCUUCAAAUGAUUCGAUCCCCCAAACAUCGACUCAGCAACAUCAUCCUAGUAAACCGCAGCAAAUGUGGAGGCCUCGAUCUAGCUGAGUAAUUGUCGAUAAGUGAAGGGUGUCAAGUUGGAUGAGGGGGCUUGAGCAACUCUCCCUGUGGAUUCCCUCCAGGCUUUUGGUUUGCUCUGGCUACUUUUGUUUUGCUUUCAUCCAAGUGUGAUGGAAUUCCGAGAGCAGAAGGGUCGUUAGAGGUUCUAAGACUAUUAACCUCGAAGGGGCAAAGAGAGAAUAAAAAUAUUGAUGAUUGAAUUGGAUGAGGAUAAGAAGUAUGUGAAAACCCCGAGGUUUUUGGAUUUUUUGGCAAGUCCAAAACUCUGGUAAGGUAUUCGCAUCCUUUUCUUUGCAAGAAGAUUUGGCAUAUUUCCUUAUAUUGUUA